CAAGGUUAAGGGAACUGACCGAGGAGUUCUGCUUCCAAAGGAAGGCCACAGGGAGGUUGCCGACGCUGCUCAACAGCUCUCUGUUUACUGCGUCGAUCAGCCCGUCAAGUGCCCCCUCAUCUUCGGAGCUAACUGUGAUGGUGGCGUGCGUACUCUUGCUGCGGUGGGUGGGUCAGAGUGGGACGUGGAGUAUUGCUCAAACCCGACAUCCCCCGGAGGUGGUUAUCGCAGCGCGGCGGGCCGCCUUGUGUUCAGAACGAAUGAAAUGGUGCAGGUGGUCGAAGCCCCGGAUGCUAUCAGGAACAGGGUCUCUUUCUCUGUUUUUGGAUUCCUCAACGGCGAAGUUUCUUUGAAAGGUAAAUUGAAGGCGCUGGAUGAUAAAUGGAUCCAGGUUAUAUUUGAACCUCCUCAACUGAAGAUUGGAUCAUUGGGGUUUCAGUAUGGUGGUGAGAGCGAGGUUAAGCUACAGAUAACCUACAUCGAUGAGAAAAUAAGGCUAGGGAAGGGAUCCAGAGGCUCGCUUUUCGUCUUUGUAAGAAAGUGAUAGCUCAGCUCAAAAGACAUUUCUCGUCGUCGUCGUCGAGGAAAGAUGGAUCAUCUACCCUGUUGUGCUCUUGCAACCCUUCAGUCCUCUCUGGAGUUCCAUUGCUUUCAUUGAGAGAAUUUGGGCACCUAUAUAUGGUGACAACUUUUUAUCUGGAAAUGCAGUGCUUGUAAAUUUUUUAAAUACAGCGAGCUUGACGUUGCGUCUAAAUUCCCUACGUGUUGUACUAGUGAAUGAUUGACUUAUUAUUACUUCCAAUUUUUUUGACAA